CAUUAACAUUCCUAUUGAACUUUCUCAAUUUGUGGAAACCUGUAUAUUCGAUGUCUAAAGUGUAUUCAACAUAUAUUGCUGGAGUUUACGAACAGCAUUUGGAUGACCAAGGGAAAUUUGUGGAGUAUAACUUAAAAACAUAUAAUUCGGUUGCAUCUGACGCUAAGAAAUUGGGAGUGGAUAUAUUAGUAUUCCCUGAAGAGGGGAUAUAUCCAGAUCCAGAUCUAAAAGCACCUACCAAUUUUUCAUUGUACGUUCCAAAUCCAGUUCAGAAAAUUAGUCCAUGUUAUUAUAAUAAUUUUUCUAGCGUGAUGAAAAAUUUGUCGUGCUUAGCAAAACAGUAUGAAAUGUAUAUCGUGGCUAAUGUUAAUGAAAUAUUUGAUUGUAACAAUAUCACACAAAAAGAGUUAAAUGAUACUCGUGAUUGUGGCUUAGAUAAAGUAUACUUUUUUAACACAAAUAUUGCUUUUGAUAGAAAUGGAACAGUCAUCGCAAGAUACCGCAAACAUAAUUUAUAUGGAGAAUAUGGAGAAGUUCUAUUGAAUUCAACAAUUGUUCCUACAAUUUCUAUAUUCAACACUGAUUUUAAUGUCAGCUUUGGAUUGUUCACAUGUUUUGACAUUCUAUUCGAUAAACCAACGCUAAUGUUAGUUAAAAAUUAUAAUAUCAGACAUGUUAUAUUUCCAACAAGAUGGAUGUCAGAACUUCCAUUUUUAACAGCCUUACAAAUUCAAGAAGGGUGGGCGUACGUAAAUAGUGCAACUCUGUUGGCCUCAAAUGUAAAUGAUCCUAAAUAUGGAUCAACUGGUUCUGGAAUUUAUCAAGCCCGUACAAAGAACAAUGUUUAUUAUGCAACAGGAAAAGAAGAAUCGACAUUGAUUAUUUCAGAAGUAUCAAAAGAUAAUCGUUAUCUUCCACACUCAAAAUAUAUUUAUAAAAUUUAUCCUAAAGUUGGAGAAUCCAUUUUAUACGAGAAUAAACAUCCACCUGCUAAUAACAACGAAUCAAUUUCAAUACAAAUGCUUCCGUGUCAAAUGAAUAAUUAUAGUUUUAAGCCGUUGCCAUUAAAUAAAGAUAAAAUUCAUGAGACAGUUUGCCAAAAUACUGUUUGUUGUGAAUUUAAUGUUAGCCUAAGUCGAAAUACGACGCUUAUGAAUUUAAAUUCGACUUAUUAUAAGUAUCAAUUUGUAAUACGGGACGGAGUUCGAUCGUUUAGUAGCAUGGCUAACGGAGGAAUACAAUUAUGUGGAAUUGUUGCCUGUACUACAAAUAAUACCAGUUCUUGUGGAUUAAGAUUUCCAGAUUAUAAUAAAAUUGAUUGGCCAAUUACAUUUGAAAACAUCACAAUUCGAGCAAAUUUUCCAGAGAAGAAAACUUUAAUACAUUUUCCAAAUACACUUAAUGCAUCAAUAAUGCCAAUAUUACCAUCGUCUUGGUCUUGGGAACGGAAAGAUACGAAUACAAUUGUAUAUAAAUUAAACAAACCACAAAAUUAUUUACUCACAUUUGGUAUAUUUGGUAGAAAUUUUGAUUUUGAUAGCAGUCCAAGAGAACUACUCUCACAAAUUUCAGAUAACAACAGUUUAGGUUUUGCUUUAAAAGCCGCUGAUUACGAUUCUGAUAUGAAAAUUGGGAAGGUACAAAAUGGCGGAUCCAAAAAGGCUGCCUUAAUACAAAACAUUAAGGAUUUAAAUAAGGAAAAUGAUCCAAAAAUUUGA